AUGGAUAUUAUAAACCCUGCUAUACAAACUAAUAAUAGGUUCAGUUUAUUUGCUGAAUGGCACGCAAUUGAACAAGAAAAGUCAAAUCGAAAUAACGAAUCCCUCAAGGGUAACACUUCAAUAUCAAACAAAAACGCAACAGUUACAAAGCAACAGAACACUAAAUUACUUCCCGUUUAUGCACAUAUAAAUCACGCCAAGCUCCUGGACGCUCUUAGAGAAAAAUACAACAAUGCCUUUCAAAUCAAAUUCACCUCUAACAAACUCCAGAUCAUGUUUGCUAACCUUAACGAUUUCGCCGAAUUUAAAACUAUUUGCCAGAAGGAAAACAUUGAAUGCCACACGUACACUGUCAGAUUAGAGAAAACUACUACUGUAUAUCAAAAAUCACGGAUCAAACCCCAUACAAAAUAUCUGAUUUACCGCAUAACCUUUGCACCGGGUACCAUAAUAGCACAAAUUAACCAUAUCAGGUCGAUAAUAUCAAAACUUACUGGGAAAAAUUUGAGUCGAACAGAUCUACCAUACAAUGUUUUAGAUGUCAAGCUCACGGACACACUUCAGCAAACUGCAACAAGAAAGCAGUCUGCGUCAAGUGUGCAGGAUUACAUGAUUCCCGAACUUGCACUAAGGCAUUUGAAAUAUCUUCUACCUGUGCUAACUGCAAGGAAACCACCCAGCUAA